GUUUCUAAUUACUCUCUUUGAGCAGACUAAUUGUAAAAGGAUCAAAAAUAGAUGCUUUCACAUCACAUAAAACAGUAGGCAGCAAAUCAAGACCGGCACACAAACAGGGCUGGAGCUUUUUUAAGCACUUGAAAAAACCCUACCCCUCCCACAAAGGACUCACGUAAUCACUCUUGAGAACAAUGUGCAAGGAUAAACCUUCUCAGUCAAGCCAUCCUGUUAAUGCCCUUAACUGCUCAGAGGAUCCAAGAAACUACAGAGAUGUCUACUGAGUUUCCUGUAACAACAGUGGUUGCAGAAAUGGACCCUUUCACAGCCUCUGAGACCAACAUUUCCACCUGUGACUUAUACGAACACAAAGACACAGCACGGAUAUUACUGUCUGUCUUCUACGGCUCCAUCUUGAUUCUUGGGGUGCUUGGGAACACCAUUGCCCUCACUGUCAUUUUUAAAAACAGAAAGAAGAUCAACUCCACUACCCUCUAUUCAACAAAUCUCGUCUUCUCUGACCUGCUGUUCUGCAUUGCCUUGCCAACCAGGAUCGCCUACUACGCGCUGGGAUUCCACUGGCCGUUUGGAGAAGCGCUGUGUCGAAUCACCGCGCUCUUGUUCUACAUCAACACCUACGCAGGUGUCAACUUCAUGACGUGCCUGAGCAUUGACAGGUUCUUUGCUGUCGUCCACCCCUUCCGAUACAAGAUCAGAAGGAUUAAAUACGCCAAGGGCAUUUGUGUCUUUGUCUGGUUUCUUGUAUUCAGUCAAACGUUCCCAUUACUUAUACAAUCCAUGUCACAGGAAGAAAAUGAAAGGACUACAUGUAUGGAAUAUCCAAACUUUGAGAAAAUAGAACAUCUGCCAUUUAUACUUCUUGCUGCCUGUUUAAUAGGGUACCUUAUUCCCCUGGGGAUUAUUCUAUUUUGCUACUCUCAAAUCAGCUGCAAACUUUUUCAAACAGCCAAGGAAAAUCCACUGACUGAAAAAUCAGGGAUAAACAAAAAAGCCAUCAAUACAAUCAUAUUUGUAAUUAUAGUGUUCAUCGUCUGCUUUACUCCUUAUCAUGUUGCAAUCAUACAACACAUGAUUAAGAAACUUCAGCAAGAACCCUUGUGCACUGAAAAGAAAAUUUUCCAGAAGUCACUCCACUAUACUGUAUUUCUGAUGAAUUUUAACUGCUGCCUAGAUCCUUUCAUCUACUUCUUUGCAUGCAAAGGAUACAAGAGAACUGUACUGAAAAUACUGAGACGACAAGUGAGUGUAUCAAUUUCAAGUGCUGCCAGGUCACAUCACGAAGAAAGCUCACGUGAUGCAGGAGAAACGCAAAUGACGGUACUUGCUAAAUCUUCCAAUGGAAAGCUACCUGAAAAAUAAAGUCUGUAAUACACCACAGUGAACCAAGACUAAAAAUCCACAGUCCAUAGCAAAAACUCUUAGUGCUCCCCUACAGCAGCUUAAGUAAGAAUCUGUUUCUCAGGAUGUCAGGGAAUCAAGGAGUGUUGGACUGAAAAAGAUUUGUCACAGAACAGCAGGAAAACUCAGCAUUAUAAUCUUCUUGCUGUAUCUUUUUGACUGAUCACUUCUUUUUUCCAGGAAAUAUGCAUCAUUGCGGAUGUUCAAAUUCCAUGCUGCACAUACAUAUGCCUGGAUGUUACUAACUCAAACAGAGCCAAAUCACAGUUAGGACUGAGCACAAAUAUAGCUUAAAAUUCAGACCAACUACAACCAGAACAUCUGAAAAUUUCAAGAUCUCUAGCUGAGCUCCAAUCACAGCAAUGGUUUUGUUGGUCCAGUCACACAGAGGAAAUAAAAUUUUGAUAUAAAAUGGACAACUUCUUUGCUCAUUUGACUAUGACAAGUACUUAGUUUAUAGGUCUUUAGAGGUGAAACUACAUUUUACAAUAUUUGAAGCACACAUGCCUUAUUGGACAAUUCACAUAGAAAACAUUGUCAAAUGUAACACAUUAAAAGCUAUUGAACUGUUUGGUUCUCCCCAACACUGAACGUCUCCUGCAUGUAAAAUUACUCAUCUUCACAAGGUGUAUUAUCACUUUACUCCUUUUCCUAAAGGAGUAAAAAACUUUCCUUUUUAGUGUUUAUUGUAAAAAGUCUCUCUCUACUCCUGUUGUAUAUAGAUUAUUUAUAAACACGAAUUGAAGCAAGAGACUGUAAUAUAAAAACUGUACCAUUUCAGUUAAAAACCAGUGAUAUGGUGUUCUUCAGAACUUCUGCUGAAGUCAGACAUGGACAUAAGACAAACACUUUAGAAACCUGAAUAAAUGUUCAUAGUUGAGACCAUUCCAAAAAGUAAAUUAAUGGAUUAAUUCUGAUGGUGUCAGAUAGCUACCUCUCUUUAAGCACUGUUUACCUGAGAGAUCAAUAAAUGAGAACAGCAGAAUUGGCUGGGAAAGAACAAGUUUUCCCAUCGUGCCUUCAUACAGCAUAUGUGGGAUACCUUUAGGCAUGCUGAAAGUGGCUCAGGAAAUAGACCAAGUGACUUAAACACAUCCUGCUGGAAUCAGCUCAAUACCAGCUGAGAAUCCAGGAUGUAAGCCCUGGGUUCCUGCUGAUGUGUCCUUCUGUCACGUUUCAGUUUCCUUCCCUACUUUAUUCCUGGCCCCCCUAUCUUUUCUUUACCAUUCUAUCUUAUUAAUAUGCCUUCACUGGCCAACACAACUUGGUAACUCAACCAGAAGGUUGUAAUGGAAAAUCAAAGAGUGCCUGAUAAUCAUCAGUAAAAGCUAUGCCAGAUAUGAGAACAAAUUAUUUAUUUCAGCUGUAUCACUCUGACAUUGAGAUUGUACUGGAAGCCAAACAAACACAUUACAUUUGUCAUCUUUGCAAUUCCUUCCUUCCUCACAUGCUGAUCUCCAUCUACCUGCAAACACAGAAGGGUAGUACCUAACGAGCAGUACGGAAAUAUUAAAUUAACAAUUAAUUUUUUAUGGCAAAGAAACGACAAAGCCUCCUAUAUUUCAUACCACUUAGACUGCCAAAAUUGAGUUUCUAAUUCUAAAAUACUAAUUCUCUCUUUUCUAUUUCUAAAAGACACUAUGCAGCUUCACAAAAGCAGUGUAAGAAGAAUAACUUUUAUCAGAAGUUCUACUUAAUUCUGUAUGUUCUAGCAGUUCUGUUCUUGUCAGUUUUUUUUUAAUAAACUAUUUUAAAACAUUAUUUAAGAAUGUAUUCCUAUUGAAUUAAGCAAAUGGUAACCAGAUAAAAUCAUAGACAGACAACUCAUGAAUACCUAGAAGUGGUAGAAAUAAAAUAUAUGUAUUGUUAACA